AUGAGGCAUUCAUUCCUGGCAUUUAUUGCCCUAUUUUGCUGCUCAAACGCCGCGCCGAGCAACGAGCGGAUCACGAGCCUGCCCAACUUCAACGGCACCAUCCCGUUCAAGCAGUACUCCGGGUAUCUGGACAUCAGCGACCAGAAGAGCUUGUAUUAUUGGUAUGUCGAGUCGCAGAACAAGCCCGACACCGACCCGCUGAUUUUGUGGCUGAAUGGAGGCCCGGGAUGCUCAUCGUUGGAAGGCCUUUUCGUCGAGCUGGGCCCAUUCCGCGCGAACAACUUUGGCGCGCAGCUGACGUUGAACCCUUAUUCGUGGAAUAAGUACGCAAAUAUCAUCUUCCUGGACGCGCCAGCCGGCGUCGGUUUCUCCGUGCGCCGUGAUGGCCGGUGGAAUUAUACUGAUGACGAGGUGGCCGACGAUAAUCAUAAGGCCCUGAUGAUCUGGUUCGAAAAAUUCCGCGAACGCCGCGCCAAUGACUUCUACGUGGCCGGCGAGAGCUACGGCGGGACCUACGUGCCGAUGCUAGCCCAACGGCUUGUCAAUGAUUGGAAGAAUUUUGUUAAUUUUAAGGGUUUCUUCGUCGGAAACGGCUGCCUGAACUCGCACCUCGAGUUCAACUCCUUGAUCCAGUACAGCUACAACCACGGAUUUAUCGACGAGACGCUAUACCGCAUCUCGGUCGAGCAGUGCUGCUCCGGGUCCACCGACUGCGAUUGGUACAACAUGGCCGUCGAUCCGAUGAAUAAAUGCACGAAUAUUUCUCAAGACCUCUACUUCUCCAACUACUACACCGGCCUCGACCCGUACUUCAUCUACUUUACGUGCUAUUUGACGGAUCAGCCCCAAGGCUACACUCCCCCGAUGGCGAUGGCCCGGCAAAAGAUGAAGAUGAUCAAGGGCAAGAAUUCGCCGCAUCUAGCCGAUUUACCCUCGUGCGCCCACUACAACGACAGCACCGUGUAUCUGAUGCGUGACGAUGUGCGGAAGGCGCUGAUGAUCCCGAAUAGCGUGCCGGUUUACAAGAGUUGCAACGAUGAUAUUGCUAACGACUACAUCCAACAAUACCUGGACAUCUCGCCAUUUGUGAAAGAAGUGGUCAGCUAUCAGAGAAAGGCGAUGUUCUUCAACGGCGACAUCGACUCGGUGUGCAACGUCAUGCAUAAUGAGCAGUUUAUGAGGCAACUUGGAUUGCCGCUAGUGAAAGCAAAAGCCCCAUGGAAUGACAACGACCAACUGCCGCCGACCGUCGGGUUU